UUUGUCAUCAGAUCUCUGGCAUCAGAUCUUCACAUCAAGGAAGAAAGAUCACAGAACGGUGUGUUUUGGGCAUGUGCCCUCCAGCGAGGCGCUAAAGUACAACCACCCCCGCCUGACCAUGCUGAACCUGGCAGGUAGUGGUGUCCUGCCUGUGGACUCUGCUGAGUUAACUACUGUUGAUGAGCCUGAAAAUGGCCAGCUGCCAGAUGUUGUUGUUGAAGCCAGCAUGCUGGCACCACCUGCAGAACCUCCUCAGUCUGAAACAUAUCUAUCAAUUGCUAUUCAAGUAUUCAUCCCAUUUCUUAUAGCAGGUCUAGGCAUGGUCGGGGCAGGAUUGGUGCUAGAUGCUGUGCAGCACUGGACAGUAUUUGAAGCAGUGACAGAAGUUGUUAUACUUGUACCUGCACUGUUGGGUCUCAAAGGAAAUCUGGAGAUGACCCUUGCGUCUCGCUUAUCAACACAAGCUAAUCUAGGUCACAUGGACACACCUAAGCAACAGUGGAGCAUGAUUGUUGGAAAUCUUACAUUGAUACAGUGUCAGGCAAAUGUGGUUGGAUUCCUUGCUUCAGUUGUGGCAAUAGUGAUGGGAGGUUUCAAGAGCAGGAGUGUGCGGCUUGACCAUGCACUUCUUAUGUGUGCCAGCAGUUUAGUGACUGCUUCACUUGCCAGCUUUGUUCUAGGUCUUACAACUGCUGCAGUGAUAGUUUUCUCACGGCAUUGUAGCAUCAAUCCCGAUAAUGUAGCUACUCCAAUUGCAGCAAGUCUUGGUGACGUUACAUCACUCGCUCUUCUCUCAUGGAUAUCAACUGUCCUCUAUGAUGCUAUAGGGAAAACCGACUGGCUGGCCCCACUUAUCAUUUCUGGUUUUGUUCUCGUGACUCCUUUGUGGGUUUGGAUUUCAAAGCAGAAUAAGCACACACGAGAAGUUCUUUACUGUGGAUGGACACCAGUGUUGGUGGCAAUGCUUAUUAGCAGUGCUGGUGGCCUAAUAUUGGAUGUAAUGGUCUCACGUUUUGAAGGAAUUGCAGUCUUCCAACCAGUUAUAAAUGGCGUUGGUGGAAAUCUUGUGGCUGUGCAAGCCAGUCGAAUAUCAACAGCCCUUCACCGUGAUGCUGAACUUGGCACAUUAGAUGAAGAUACUGAUAACAUAAUGCUUUCACCAUUAAUAAUUUUUUUUGGAAGAGGUCCCCAUGCUCGAACUACAAGAGUCCUUAUGUUGAUGGUAGUUCCUGGUCAUCUAAUUUUUAUUUACACCAUUAAUUAUAUGAAAGGUGGUCAUACUUCCCUUACACCACUGUUUGUUUUUGUGUACCUCUGUGCAGCUUUUGUUCAGGUUGCAGUAUUGUUAUAUAUUGCACACAUCAUGAUUCACUGGAUGUGGAAACGAAAAAUUGACCCAGACAAUUCUGCCAUUCCUUAUUUGACAGCAUUAGGUGAUCUACUGGGCAUCAGUCUUCUUGCUAUUGCAUUUGAAUUUCUGUAUCUUGUUGGUGAUCAAGAUAAUGAUAUCAAUGAUUAAGUUACUGUAAGAACUAAACGUGGGGUGCUUUUGUUUUUAUGAGUACUCAGAUGUGUUACUUUUCUUUAAUUUUGGCCAGAAAUGUGUGACAUUUUGGAACAUUAGCGUUAACUAUGGAAUUCCAGGAAGUUGUACAUUAACUGUCAGCACUGUGUUAGAGUUAAUGUUAUCCAUUUUUAAAAUUUUCCAUAUUCACAAUCCUAUAUUUUUUUUUACUUGGUCUCCAGGCCUGUAUAUU